CUGUCCAUAAGCCCUGAAAAUACAAUUUCAAAACCCUAAUCGCACCUCUCUCUCUCUAUAAGAACCCAGAAGAAGCCCUUCCGAAGCCCUGCCUCCUCCAUCCUCACGAGAAUAGAUUUUCCAUACUUUCUUCUUCCUUAUCUAUUUAUUUAUUUUUUUGCUUUAUUAUUUCUGGUUUCGAAAGCAAGUCAGCUUCUUGGCUGGGUCAGAACAUGAUGAUCCGAAGCCAAUUAAAUUGAAAAACUUGCGAAAUGGAGGCUCCAGUUUCACUCGCCUGGAUCUGAACUUUGUCAUGAUUUUCCAGGCCCUUUAAUCACUGUUUCAUUGAUCAUGGAUCCGGCAGAGCUGUGUCGGGUUUUCCAGAUGUUCGACCGCAACGGAGACGGGCGAAUAACGAAGAAGGAGCUCAGCGACUCCUUACGGAACCUGGGCAUCUACAUCCCGGACAAAGACCUUGUCCAGAUGAUAGAGAAGAUCGACGUGAACCGGGACGGGUACGUGGACAUGGAGGAGUUCGGGGCGCUGUACCAGACGAUAAUGGACGAGAGGGACGAGGAGGAGGACAUGAGAGAAGCCUUCAACGUGUUUGAUCAGAAUGGGGAUGGGUUCAUCACGGUGGAGGAGCUGAGAUCGGUGUUGUCGUCGUUGGGGUUGAAGCAAGGGAGGACGAUAGAGGACUGCAAGAAGAUGAUACAGAAGGUGGAUGUUGAUGGAGAUGGAAGAGUGAACUACAAGGAGUUCAAGCAGAUGAUGAAGGGUGGUGGCUUUGCUGCCUUGAGUAGUUCAGGUUCAUAGUUACAUUGCAUGUAUCAUUUCAUUUUUAUUUUAUUUUGGGAAUUGAUAGGAGGUCCCUUGUAUGAUUUUACACUAGCUUUUAUUUCUGCUCACUUUUAAUAUGAAAACAAGUCCUCAUAUUUAAUA